AUGCAGUCUGCAUAUGACUUAAUCCUUUUUCCUCCAUUGAUAACUGAUGCAAAAACGAAUCUUAAAAAGCCAAUUUGUCUUACCCCUCAAAUGAAUCCCGAUUUGAAGUUCCACAAUAUCCCCACCAUAAAAACAGCAUUGCACCACCGUGAACCGCCUACUGCCGCUACUCUUAGGCCACCUCCUCUUGAUCAGAAAGCAUCCCAACACCACCCCAUUGUAGUCCGCCUCUUACAACCUCUCCCUCUCGCCGGAACCCGCUCGAAACAGAGGAGAAAACGGGCAAACCCGUUGACCACAAUCGACUGCCAUCCAUCGCCGACGACCACUUCAUCACUCACCGCUGUUGCUGCUGUCGGAAUUCCACCCCUCCGACCAUCUGCCACCUUCUUCGUCCCUCUCUCGCCGAAGGCUGCCGGAGCAACCUCCGACCACCACAGAAGGUCUUCGCUGUUGUGGGACGCCACCGUUGUUGCUGCUGCCGACGCUAACCACUCACGACCACCGCCUACCCACUGUAAUAUAAAUAGACCCGGUGACUCGUUUUAAGGGCAUGAAAUGUCACAAAACGGCUUUCACGACAAGUUACACCCUCGAGCCUUGUUCACGCUUCAAGGGACAAACUCUAGUUAAGGGCCUUAUGAGUGAGACAUUAUUCAUUACCCUAAGUGCAAACAAACACUUAGAAGACCCACACCACUAUAACCGUUAAUCUUCGGAGUUGAGAUACGUAUGUAUAGAUCUAUACGGGUUGACACCCCCACCCGUGGUUGCUAGCUACAACCUCGACCGAUCAAUCGAAGCAGGUGAUAAAUAUCUAAAACAGUUUUACGAUGUCCAAUGAAGCGUCGUAGGGGUAGGUACAGUCACAUAGCUCGGUUAUAGGACUCACUAUAAGCAUUAACUAGAUCUCAUAAUCUAGAAACCACGGAUCCGGUUUCUCUGAUUAUCAAACAUUUUGAGUAUGAAUUUACUCACGGUUUUCUGAGUACCAAACAUUUUGAGUAUGGAUUUACUCACGGUUCUCUGAGUACGAAACAUUUUGAGUAUAGAUUUACUCGUGGUUCCUCUGAUUACUAAACAUUUUAAGUAUGAAUUUACUUACGGUUUCACUGAUUACCAAACAUUUUAAGUGCGGAUUUACUUAUGAUUUCUCUGUCUAUCAAAUAUUUUGAGUAUGAAUUUACUCACGGUUUCACUGAUUACCAAACAUUUUAAGUGCAGAUUUACUUAUGAUUUCUCUGUCUAUCAAAUAUUUUAAGUAUGAAUUUACUUACAAUUUCUCUUUUAUCAAACAUUUCCAAAUAUGGUUUAAACUACAAAAGGAAUACUUUUUAGUCUUUUAAAGUAUCAUUACUGCGGUUAGCAGAAAACCUGUAAACUCUCACCAACCUUGUGUUGACCCUCAAAAUUUCAUGUAUUCUUAGGGUAUCACGAAACGAGCUUUCAGUCAGAAGAUUAGUCAUGGAUUUCAGGCGACCUAGUUUAUCUAGUUUUUGUUAAAUCGGCCUAUCUGUUAAGGC